AUGCAUCCUCUGAACUUUCUGACGUUUCUUGUCGCCACUUCGAUAGCGGCGACGGACGUUAUUACGUCCAGGCACUUUAGUGAGAGGAAUUACAAGGGCGCCCACGCUGAUGUCCGCGGGUAUGGAUGCUCGAAUGUCAACAAGAUAGGAUUCGAAAUCAAAAGUAUACAUCAUAUCAAGAAGUCGUUUUGCUACGCAUACACCAAGGUUAAUUGCAAAGGCUCGGCGAUUUACUUCUCACGCGACGUGCCCGACAUGGAUAGGCAUUUCCCGACGCAAUCUAUCCGUUGUAUUAAUAACCCCAAUUAAAGAUGUGCUUAUAUAUAACCAAAUAUUGUUAGUUCGACUUGAUUGCGGGAAGUCAAUAGAAGUAAUGAUUAGCUUGUAAGGUAACGCUAUUUUCGUAUGCUCAGACUUCAACAGCUCAUGGCCAGGAAAUCCUAGCUAAGUUAGAGAUGG